AAUGCUGGGUCUCUUUAACUGGGAGCUGAGUGUGACACCCUGUGUGUGUGUGUGCACGCAGAAUAGCGAAUGAGACACUCUGUAUGUGUGAGUGUGUCUGUGUGUGACAGAGGGUGGGGAAUACUCUGUAAUUCUGGGCUUUUAUGUCAGCUUGUGCCCAUCUCUCUCUGUGACGCUGUCGCCUGCUGCCAAAGGAUUCAAAUUUUUUUCUAUUUUAUUUGGAAACAUUUUUUUCUCAAGGAUUUUUGUGGGGGUUUUUAUUCUUUAUUUUUUCCCCUUGGAAUUCCUCUUUUCCCCCCCAAUUUUUCUUUUGCACCUGCAAGCAACAUUAGCAAACCCCCAUUCCAUCUCCUUAACCCUCCAUCAUUUGGGUGAAUCUGCACCCCGGGGUGGGGGAGAGAAGGGAACCCUGUGGAUUGCACUGUCUCAGACUGUCAUGUUGGCUGCAAGGCGUUCUGGGAUAUGAGAUGUUGGCGUGACCUAUUUUGGCUGCUGAUUAUUUUACAGGGAAUACAAGAGGAAAUUAUUCACCAUUUCUAACACCUGCAGCCCCUCUAAGGAUAUUCAAAGAGGCGAACUUUACCUCCUCUGACUAUCCCAGUGUCAUCUUUAUCCGUCUGGUCCUCACCCUGCCUGGGAUACUGGAAUCAUGAGCUGAGCAUCUCACGCUGGAGUGAGAUUGAACCAUGUCUACGACCGGUAACACCGGAGAUACCAAGGCCCAGUGCUUGCCACGGAAUGGGCUGGUGAAGAUUCCUGGGCCUACAAACGGCUUGGGGUCCGCCAGCAUCACCAAAGGGACACCGGCAGUCAAGAACCGCCUAUGCCAACCCCCGUCUGUGCCCUCUAUUCUCAGUCAAGCUUUUCCCAAACAUCCCGAACAUGUUAACCCUUCAGUGUUACCAAUCCUGCCGCCACCUCCCACCCAUAGCAUACCAUUGGGCCUUAGUCCAGGAGAAGAGAACAUACCAAACCUAUGUGGCCCUUCGGUUGAACAAGUCCAGGGCCAAGGGAUGGACUGGCACUUGGCCCUUGACGAGAAGAUACUCAACCGGCUAUUCUGUUACUUUUCCGCGUGUGAGAAGUGUGUCCUUGCCCAGGUGUGCAAGACUUGGAGGAGGGUAUUGUACCAACUUAGGUUCUGGGUUGGCCUGACACCAGUCUUGCAUGCCAAGGAACUUUACAAUAUACUGCCCACAGGAGAGAAGGAGUUUGUCAGCUUACAGGGCUUUGCUGUCCGGGGUUUUGACUCUUUCUGCCUGGUUGGGGUAUCUGACCUGGAUAUCUGUGAGUUUAUUGACAACUACCCGUUGUCCAAGAAAGGGGUGAAGUCUGUGAGUUUGAAGAGGUCAACAAUCACUGAUGCUGGACUGGAGGUUAUGUUGGAGCAAAUGCAAGGUGUUAUCCGACUAGAGCUAUCUGGCUGUAACGACUUCACAGAGGCUGGCUUGUGGUCAAGUCUCCAUGGACGUAUCACCUCUCUGAGUGUCAGCGACUGCAUUAAUGUGGCCGAUGAUGCCGUGGCAGCCAUCUCACAACUCCUGCCCAACUUGGGCGAGCUGAACCUCCAGGCCUACCAUGUAACGGACACAGCACUGGCUUACUUUACUGCCAAGCAGGGUCGUGCCACCCACACGUUGCGCCUCCACUCAUGCUGGGAGAUCACCAAUCAUGGAGUUGUAAACGUGGUCCACAGCUUGCCCAACCUCACUGUGCUCAGCCUUUCCGGGUGCUCCAAAGUGACAGAUGAUGGGGUGGAGCUGGUAGCAGAGAACCUUAGAAGGUUACGUGGCCUGGAUCUCUCAUGGUGUCCACGACUCACAGACACAGCGCUAGAGUAUAUCGCCUGCGACCUGCACAAGUUGGAAGAAUUGGUGCUGGAUAGGUGCGUACGAAUCACAGACACUGGACUGAGCUACCUGUCUACCAUGUCGUCCCUGCGCAGCCUCUAUCUUCGCUGGUGCUGUCAGGUGCAGGAUUUUGGACUGAAACAUUUACUGGGAAUGAAGAGUUUGCGCCUCCUAUCCCUGGCCGGCUGUCCUUUGCUCACAACCACUGGCCUCUCUGGCCUUGUCCAGCUGCAAGACCUGGAGGAACUCGAGUUAACCAACUGUCCUGGUGCCACACCGGAGCUUUUUAAGUAUUUCUCCCAGCACCUGCCUCGCUGCGUGGUGAUUGAGUAAGGUGCGGAAGCUGACAGUCUGACUCUCAGAGCCUUCUCCCUCCUCCGAAUCAUUCCUAGCACUGACCAUCUGAUCGGAGACUUUGGCACAGUGGGGAGUAGAACUCCCAAGCUGCGAUUUGCUGACAUACAAGGAGCGCAAGAUCCUGGGAGAUGUUUCACACUCCGGUUUUGUGAAGACCUCAUUUCAUGUCCCGAAGAAAGGGUUGUAUAUUUCCCACACCUCAUCUCUUGUCUUCUCUGUCGUGGACUGUUCUGAAACUCACAAGUAGAGCCGGCUCCCAUCAGAAACCCCAUCAGCGUUCUCUAGAAGGAUACUACUGUGUGAAGUUGAGUGCAGCACGUAGUGGAGUUUUUCAUGCUAUCCUGACAGUGGUGGUCCUCCAUAUUUUGUUUCAGAGAUGGUUAUUUUAGAUAGUUCAUUCCGGGACUUAUUAUUUCUGGAUAUUUUGGAAUCUUGACUUACAGUUUGGAGUUAUCACAGAUCAGUAGAACCUUCAAACACAGCUGAAAAUAUGGAGAGGUAUUGUUAAAGUAUUCGUGAAUUGUGGCAUUUCUUUACAAAGAGCAACUGGAUGGCCAAGGAAAGGGAUCUGCAUGCAUGUUGGCAAGCUUUUGUCAUCGUCUGGUGGUUUAAAUGAAGAUGGAGAUUCCAUACAAGUCCUGUCUUGUCCCACAAACCUAUUUCUGGUUGACUGUUUACACCUAGUCCACACCAGCCUGCUGUAUACAUGGUUUGGAGAUUGCAGUGGCUGCUGUGGCAUCCCCUUUCUGCUAAUAAGGUUUUUCUUUGUUGAAUUGUAAGAGAAAACCUCACCGGACCUUGCUUGGAAUCAUGGAUGGUGGAGAUAUUUGGCAUUUCAAGCAAUCAUAUGAUUGGAUGGAUCAGAAAAAUGCAUUGGAACAAUGAGGGUUCCUGAACAGACCUGAAAUGGUAUUGUGAUCUUUUACCCCUACUGAUGAAAAGGUGAUGAUGAUCACGGUAUAAGUAAUCAUGUAUAAAAGACAAAACGGGUAGACGUGGCAUUUGGAUAUGGAGAAAAGAUUUACUAGAAGGAUCCUAAGCAGGAAAUGCCUUGUACAAACCUUUGCUUGGAUGGAGAGUAGUUUUCUCUCUCAUACACCUUCCCGGCUUGCCCUAGUGCCUGUAAAUUACUGCUCCUGCUUGUCUCUCUGCUUCCUUCAAGAAAAGAGGAUAGACCAUUAGAUAUCACCGUCAGGCCUCUCCCUAACUCAUCGCAUGGGAGAAGCAGUGUGAUUUUUGUUAUAAUGUGUCUGCUUUUAACAUCAUUGCCCCAUGUAGACCGUACAGCAGUUCAGUGUAACUGGAAGGUCAAAUGAUGACAAAAUAGUAUAAUUAUGCGCCAGGGGUUAUUCUCCUAAUCCUGUCUCUUUUUGUUUUCACUUUGCCCACUGUCUUCCCACUGCCCAAGCUAUAAUACAUAAUAUCUAUAUUUCCAUCCAGGUUUUCACCCUAUUUCUUUUUUUUUUAAUCUGAAUCCGACCGAUCAUACCCCCCCUUUUCUUGAUCUGCACCCUAUACCCGUGUCUGCCUUCUGUAUUCUACAAUAUGAACUCCUUUCCACUCUUCGUCAUCUCCAUGCCUCCUCUUUCUCUUUCCAUAAACUUAAUCACUUGGUUUUGAUCGCUCUUUUUUUUUAUUGCCCUCACACUCGCUCUCUCUUCAUUAAUCACAGUAUGUCUCAGUGUAUAUGUGGCUGUCCCUUAUCUGGCACGUCUCUUCCAUUCUGUCCCUUUUUUCUGUGUCUCUCCUUGCACUGGGUGAGCCCUGUCUGUGAAACACGCUUGUGCUGUCACUCAACAUGCUUUAAAUAUAUUAAAAUAUAACUCCAGAUUUUCAGCCAGAGAUAUAUGGCCAAUGAUCUGUGUUUGGAAAAGAAAACAAUAAAAAAAUAAAAAAAUAUCAGCACACUAUCUGGGUAGGUUCACAAAUCUGUGUGUAGCAACAUUUGGAAGCAUUACAGAAUUUACACUACUGCGCAAUGUCAGGAAU